UCCGGAGGCGCGCACGUCGAAAUCCUAACGCGACCCUCCCAAAAAGUGGCGCGAAAGAAAAGUCCACGGGAGAGGGAAGUGCUGAAAUCACCCUUAUAAAUCCGACCCAAUUUAAUUUUGUCUAGAACUAGUGCAUACAAUUAUAGAGUAAACUCAUCAGACGUUACAAUUGCGCGCAAUCCGUGAACUUAUGCAAUAGUUUUCAACAUCUAAUGCUAGUAACAAAAUGAUGUUCAGUUAUCAUGUACGUUUGUUGUGCCCGGGAGUGUAUCGCUCAAAUUAAAUCUGUGUUACGUUAUUUACGUGCAAAAAACAAAAUUGACAUUGGUGCUAUUUGAGGUGGAUGCCGAAGUGUCUGGCAAAAUGCCAAAAUUCAAACGAACAGCUGACUGUAAACAAACAAAUUAGCAAACAAUCUUACGGCAUUCUACACAUUUUUACACAAAUGUGUCGAAUGUGUACCAAAAUAAAGAAAAGUGGUAGUAAUGGCUGAAAAAGACGCCUCGAGUGAUAGUGAUGGUCCUAUAAUAGACGACAAUGUUAUAAGAAUUCAAUUGCGAAAACCAUGUCAAAGGAAAUGGGAACUCCGGACGCGAAAUCAUUCACUGGGAAAUAAAUUCCCUACGAUACAACUUUUUGAUUGUGACGGCAACCUUCUCGUUGAAACAAAUGACGAGAAUAUAUCCAUAAAGAGUUCUGAUUUUGACGAUUGCGCUUUAAGAAGUACUCAAUCGUUGAGAGGAUUGAAGGAUUAUAAACACUUUAUUAAUAAGAACGGUAUAAGAAAACACAAUACAAUCUCAGGUGAUAAAGUCUACACCCGUGUCUACAGGACCCCUGCGAACAAAAACAAUAGUAGAGAAAAUGGUUAUAUUAUAAACGAUGGUAGCAGUGUCGUAAAUAUUCCAAGCAAACUCGCAUUAAACAAUAACUUUCCUAAUUUGCAAGUAAACAGUCCGGAGACCACCCCAUUUCACUCUGAAGGUGUGAGUGAUAUAAGCAGUUAUAAAAGUUCCGACAACGAAACUUGUGAAGAUGCGAAACAAACAUUUCAGAACGACAUACCAAAUGAAAUUAAAUUUGAUACGAACAGUUCAGAGGCUUUAAAUAGAUCGAAUAACUCACCUGUCUCGUCUCUAAGUGAAAUCGAUCAAUCAAUCGAAAACUCUCAAUAUGAUGAAAACGAAAUCUUCACGGGGUUACAUAAAUCAAAAUCAUGCAAUGACAACGCACUACGUGAUAGUACAAAUGAAUUCGCGAAAGACGGAAUAUAUCGCUCUAAAUCCGGGGUAGUAUAUCAACCACCACACAAUAAGAUAUCAUUCCUGAACACUUAUUUAAAGAGCUUACCUGCUAGAAUGAACUGUAAUCCGGAUUGGUUUACUUUACACCGACACUCGAUAAAAUCCUCUCAAGAUUCCAUCGCGUCGGUGAAGCGCGGGGAAUUGCCCGAAUUCCCCCCUGAAAAAGCGUGGCGCGUUUGUAAAAUAGGCGAAAGCACGUCUGACAAUGAAUUCAUUAAUAUUCCUACGGAUGUCGCGGCGAAUUGCGAGAUGAAAAAGCGUUUAAAAAUGUAUAGACGUGGUUUAUCGGAAAUCGAGACCAGGCAGAGAGUUUUCGACGAAUUAUCGAAAAAACGAAGCAAUUCCGUGAAUGGUAUCGUCAAGAUAGUCAACACUUCGUCCUCUGAAAGCAUUGAUGAGGCUGAUGUUGUUCUCAACCGACUCAAAAGGAGGAUACUUAAGAACAAAAUGAGAGAGAAAAGACGCAGCCUUGGUGAAAAAUUCCAAUUUGCAAAGCGGAGCUGCGCAGAUAGUGAACAAGUCUCUGAGGAAGGUCGGCGCAAUGUGGCCGGCGGGGCCUACGUAAGGUCCCGCCAAGCUAUGGGCUCCAACAUCAGCCAACACUCCACUAAGGGUCUUAAAGGCCGACGAGCCAGGUCCAGUGGCGACCUCUGCAAUGGCGACUCCAAAAGUCAAACAGAAUCGUCUGUCUGUGGAUCCGUGGUCGGAGAAGUCAUGGGAUGGAACAGAUCAUUACCAAAUCAUUUAGAUGGUAAUCGCCAUCUAGCGGAUUAUAGCAGAGUUAACAAUAAUUACGGAGAUUUUACGACUUAUCGAUCGCACCCUAAAGGGGGGAGGGGGCUGCGGUACAGGGUCACUAAAUCUGGGUCCGAUGCGGAACCUGUAUGGAAGCUCCAGGACCCUGGGUUCGACCAGGGUUAUGGCAGCGAGAGGUCUCCGGAGGAGGAUUACGUUCCUCCCAUCGCACCAGCCAUCUCCCUGGAGGCUUACGAAGCCGAACUCCGAACAGUUUACCCAUUCAUCAGCGAUGAUAACACGUUCACUGUGGUGGUGGAGAAGGAUGGGCGGGGACUUGGCAUGUCAGUCUGCGGCGGUGGGGGACUGGUGAAGAUCCGAAGACUGUACCCGCCGCAGCCAGCGUGGCGCACCGGCCGACUAGCGCCCAGGGAUCUGUUGCUGUCCGCCAAUGGAGUACCACUCGCUGGGCUGAGCACUUAUGAAGCCCUAGAAGUACUCCGGACGGCUGCAGCCCGGGUGGAGCUAAGGGUGUGUCGGCCUCCUCCGGGAGCUUUAGAGAGCAUAACACCACCGGAUCCGCCGACACCGCCGGCACGGACACCGAACCCGCACCUAACUCCAAUGGAUCCGCUAAAUUGCCAUCCGAUGCAUGCUAGGUUAUCGCAAACAACCAGCAGCGCGACCACCUCUUCCUCCGAGGGUCGAGGCCGCCGCGAGGCGAGCCCGGACACGAACCGGGACAAUCUCCGGCUGCCGGACCUCGAUCGAUCUCUGCCGGUCUACGACGUCCAAUACGGGGAAUUCGACAUAAUAAUGACAAAAGUGAAUGGCUCCCUCGGCUUUACGUUACGGAAGGAAGACCACAGUGCGCUGGGGCAUUAUGUGCGCGCGUUAGUCCGGGAACCCGCCCUGAGUGACGGCAGGAUACAGCCUGGAGACAGGAUUGUGGCAGUGAAUGAUACGCCAAUGUCUAACAUGUCCCAUGCUGAGGCCGUGGCCUUUCUGCGGGCGUGCGGGGCCGAAGUCAGGCUGCGGCUUUACCGCGACCACGCCGCUACGCCAUUGUCGCCCAUGUCACCUAAAGAAGAAGGCCCCACGGAUUCUGAUGGGCCCCUGAACAGACCAAAACCACCACUAAGGGCCGAAGCAGUUUCAAUGUUAUGUGACCUAGCGGCUCGCCGACUGACUCCUGACGCAGUAGACGGCUCAAGAUCACCAUGCUUAUCACCAAGGAAGUUCAGAAAACUAACCAAGGAGACCAACCACUAUGAACAACCUAACGAUAAACCAAGCAAUUCGGUAGAACCGGAGCCUUCAGAGGCGAGGACCCAUCGAGCACACACUGUAGCCGUGACUUUGGCCAGCCCAGUACCACCUAGUAGAAAACAAAAGCUAAGCCUGACAGUACCACCCCACGGCUACGAACUGAACAACUUGGACAACGAAGCUUUAGAUGCUCCUAACGUGUACCAGGAGGACAUAACUCGACAGCGGUAUGCCGAACCAGUGUUCCCGGUAGAUUCUGACGAACCGGUCUCAAUGCCAGCAGAAUUGUCAAGCGAUGAACGAUUCAAGCAUUCCAACCCGGCUUAUCAGAGCGCCGUGCUUCAUUCAACCAGUGAUAGCGCUUCGGACGGACAUAAGGAUGAUAAUAAUGGACUGAAGAAAUGGAAAGGUGUAGCUCUUUCACCAGAAAACGAGCGUAAAGUGGUCAAAAUGGAGGUGCCGGCACUUCCCCAGCCCAUACUCAAGGAAACGGAUAUCGUCCAAAAGGAGAACAUAAAGCCUGAUGAACCGACGGAUAACACCAAUACAGAACCUACGAUCGUGACAGUUGAACUCAAUCGUGGAUGGAACAGUCGUCUAGGCUUCAGCGUCCAGAGUCAUCCAGAAUCCGGUCAGAGCUACAUCUCAGCGGUUUACAACGACAGCGUCGCUGCAAGGGACGGCCGGUUGCGAAGAGGGGAUGUUAUAUUACAGGUAAACGAUGAAAACGUGACGUCAAUGAAGACACCAGAAGUUAUAGACUUACUACGGAUUCUACGAGGCUCCAUCUGCAUCACAGUCUUAAGGCCACCAAACUCAAAAUGAACGACAUCCAAAUUUAAAAGUCAAGAAAUUUUGUACUAA